GCAACUCCUAUUAGCCAUUGUUAUGGGUUUUAUUUUCAGUUCAUCAGCUCAAAACUUCACUCGUAUUGUUGGUGGAAUUGACGCUGAAGAAGGUCAGUUUCCAUAUCAGGUAUCGCUACAACGAAAUGGGCGUCAUUUCUGCGGAGGCUCAAUUUUAAAUGAACGUUGGAUUUUAACAGCUGCGCAUUGCCUGAGAGGAAGGUACUCUAGUAGUAUAACUGUGAUGACUGGAAUCACAGACCUGGACGGCUUUGGGGAUGCUUAUAUAGGAGAUUUGAAAAUUAUACACGAAGACUAUGAUAGAUACGAACAUGAGAAUGAUAUUGGUCUAUUAAAAGUAAUAUCAGACAUCAAUUUCAACGAUGAAGUUCAGCCUAUCAAGUUACUAUCUAAUGAAUUAGAAGGAGGAGGAUACAUUGCAACAUUGACGGGAUGGGGAAGAACUUCCCUUACAAGUAGCGCGCCUAUACGUUUACAAGUAAUUAAAUUAAAAAUUAUAUCAAAUGAAGAUUGCCAAUCAAAAAUAAAUAAUGUGAAAACAUCACACAUAUGUACCUUGAAUAAAGAAGGAGAAGGUGCAUGUUUUGGAGACUCCGGAGGACCGCUUGUCGUGGACAGCGUUCAAGUUGGUGUCGUUUCCUUCGGGAAACCAUGUGCUCGAGGAGUUCCGGAUGUGUAUACCAAUGUUCAUAAUUAUAUGGAUUGGAUCAAAGAGUCAUUGUUACGAUACGCGUUUUAG